UAGUCUGUCAAUAAUCUCUCAAAGAAGAACAACAGCUAGUCAGCAGCAUCGGUAGCUUGCUAGCCAACAACCGAAACGUUAAAGGCCUUUAGACUGUUUUGGUGUAUAUUAUUCACUGUGUUUUAAACACACUCCUGUCAUGUCUUUGUGUUACCCCAUUUAAUUUCAUAUUACGUUGUUUCAAGCAGAUCCACAGGCUGGUUAAGUUAGCAGUAGCACUAAUUUAGGCUAGUCGCUAAUAUCUCCGACCAUGAGCUCACCCAGCUACUCUCUCCCUGCUAAAAAAGCGGUCUGCUGGACGAAGAAAGAGGGUAUGUGGCUAAAUAUUGUCGUGAAAGAAGAAAGUGAAGAGGAGACAGUCACAGUAAAAAACGAAAUAGAAGGUGAGGAUGUUACAUUGAAAGAAGAAGAGAAAGACGUUUCAGUGAAAGAGGAAGACGCAUUCAGAGUGAAAGAGGAUGGUGCCGUUUUUGGAGUGAAGGAGGAAGGGGAGAUUACUGUCACAUUGAAUGAGGAAGAGGAGACAGGAGAUCUGAUUAACACCAGAGAGAAACCAGACUCUCACUCUGACCACGGGAUGAGUCCUUCAGUGGAACCAGACCCAAAGACAUCCAAACCAGCAAGACCACACCAUUGCUCCCAGUGUGGAAAGAGUUUUACUAAGUUACGAAACCUAAAAGAGCAUGAGAGGACACACACAGCAGAAAAGCCUUUCCAAUGUUUGCAGUGUACAAAGAGUUUCUGCUGGUUAGGGAAGCUAAAAGUACAUGAGAGAAUACACACAGGAGAAAAGCCUUACCACUGCUCUCAGUGUGGAACAAGUUUUACCCAAUUAGGGACCCUAAAAACACAUGAGAAAAUACACUCUGGAGUGAAGCCUUACCACUGCUCUCAGUGUGGAACUAGUUUUACCCGGUCAAGGGACCUGAAAGAGCAUGAAAGAAUACACACAGGAGAGAAGCCUUACCACUGCUCACAAUGUGGAAAAACGUUUACCUGGUUAGGUAGCUUGAAAACGCAUGAGAGGACACACACAGGUGAGAAGCCUUACCACUGUUCCCACUGUGGAAAGAGCUUUCCCCUGUUAGGGAAUCUCAACAACCAUGAGAGAACGCACACGGGAGAGAAGCCUUACCACUGCUCCCAUUGUGGAAAGGGUUUUGGACAGUUGGGGCAUUUAAAAGUGCAUGAAAGAACACACACAGGAGAGAUGCCUUACCAGUGCUCCCAUUGUGAAAAGGGUUUUGGACAAUUGGGGCAUCUAAAAGUGCAUGAAAGAACACACACAGGGGAGAAGCCUUACCAAUGCUCCCAUUGUGGAAAGGGUUUUACCCAAGUAGGGAGCCUGAAAACACAUGAAAGAACACACACAGGAGAGAAGCCUUACCAAUGCUCGCAUUGCGGAAAGGGUUUUACCCAGUUAGGGAGCCUGAAAUCACAUCAGAGGAUACAUACACGGGAGAAGAAGACCCCAGGAAGGGCAGCUGCUGCCUUGGCAGGAGCUAAUGGGGAUCCAUAAUAACAAUUUAAAAAAUACAAUACUCCCAGUGUGGAAAUAUUAUUGGACAAUUAGAGCACCUGAAAUUACAUGAGCUACUAGAGGCUGAGUUAUGUUUUUGACUGAGAAAGUGUUUUUGUUCAUGCCACAUGAAACCUAAUUGUCUGAAAGUUUUUUUUCCCAGCACAAAUUUAAUUAAAAUGUUAAAAUGUGUAUUUUAUUUUGAUUAUGAACUUUGAUUGAUCGGAUACAAGUAUAAACCUUUAGAUAUUGCUUGCUAUAUGAUUUUGAUAUUUAAAAAUGUAAACUAUUCAAUAUAUUAAUAAAAUGUAAAUUUCUUGACUAACCUUGAAACCUCUUGAAUUUAAUUUAUUUUAGUUAAUUUGUGUACUCAUAAGAGGAGAAAGAUCCAGAAUUAUGUAGAAAUGCUUAUUAAUGUAUGGAAACCAAGCCAGGAGUUUUUGUAUGGAGAUCAAUGAGAGAGUUUUGAAUUUGGUUAACAAAAACAUGAAUGGAUUAUUUGCUCCAUGUGCAUUUGAUAGAAUAUAAGUUUUGUAAUGCUUAAGUUGUUAGGGGUCUACUAAGGUAAGUAGGACACGUGACAUCCCAGCAACUUUUUUGCCUGGAGUUUUGCCUGUUGUUCACACACGUAUCUGCCCUCUCAUUGGCUACAAUUGUCCCAACUGGUCUUGCCUCCUCCCGACUGCCUUCCAUUUUUGAAGACAUUUAUUUUCAUUGUUUAAAGUGGCCACUUGAGUAUCUGGACAAUAUAAUGGAUAAUCUGUGGUUGAGCUAAUUAGGACAGCUGAUUGGGGCUUGAUACUCUAUUUUAUACCAUCCAUUGCAUCUUGCCUAUGCCGCUCUGUCAUUGAUCAUCCAUAUAUUUAUAUGUAUAUAUUCUUAUUACAUUCCUUUACUUAGAUUUGUGUGUAUUAGGUAGUUGUGUGGAAUUGUUAGAUUACAUGUUAGAUAUUGCUGCACUGUCAGAACUAGAAGCACAAGCAUUUCGCUACACUCGCAAUAACAUCUGCUACCCAUGUGUAUGUGACCAAUAAAAUUUGAUUUGAUAGAAACUGGAAAACGCCAUGGAGAGCUUCAGUUUUCUACAGUUUCAUUCGGAUUUAAUUUACCUGCUAUUUUAUCAUUUUUGUACCUUUUGGGAUUUUACAUUUUUGCAAUUCAUAUCACUUGGAACCUGUUAUACACUGAUUUAUAUAUGUACACUAGAUGACUGACACGGUUGCUGUUUUGAACCCACCGCACCUUCAUCUUGGCACCCCCCACCAUUGUAAAAAAUAUUUUGGAAGCUAUAGAAAGGCAUUUAUUAAUGUCUACAUUUAUUUUUGCCACAUUUAUUCUAUUACAGACAUCUGAAUGCAAAUGUUUAAAUUACAUUGUGAGCUAAGCAAAAACAUUUAACAAAUAUAAAUAAUUUUAUUUCAAGUAUAAUUUUUAGAAAGUACUACAAAAAAUAGUUAUAUACAUGUCAUUUGUCCUUCCAACAUUUAAAUGAAAUACUGAAGAAUUCCAUUAAUUCCUAUAGAGGAUUGCUUUUCUGAGGAGUGCCAAUAUGGCCGACCAGAGGUUUCAAAGCCAUUCAUUGGCCAAUACAUAGCAUCAGCAAUCCAGGGUUUAUAUACAGUAUUCACACCCCUUGACUUUUUCCACA